UAUCUAUUGUGGGCAUGCAUCAAGCGACAUGCGUAGACGAGAUUACUUAUUCGCCCAAUGCAUCUUCUACAUUUCUCCGGUAGCCACCAUAUAAUGGACACACCCCUCUCCCAUCCAUCAGCGUCAGUCAUUACUUUCUGAAAGUAUGGCUACAGCAACAUAUAACCUGGAUGCACGCGCAUCUCUCCAGAGCACUAAUCGAUAAUGGUAGCACUUCUCUGGGACGAUUCAUAGGGCGUUUCUACCAAUGUGGGCAGCUGAGGGAGGCUUGGGAAGCGAUGAUGGCAUGCACAACAGAAUCAUUCGCUGAAGUCAUCAAUCCCAAAUGGCUUCCUAGACAUUCCAGCGUGCAGAUCCCGUCGCACGCGCGCUUGCUCGCCAUUAAUAAAUUAUCCGCGAACCUUUCUGUAAGUAGCUGAACUUUUCAGCUUGGCGAAAGGACGUCAGACGUCUGGAAGAUGGCCUGAAGUGAUUUCAUCGCUUCCCUGUUAUCCGGAGUCCGGCUGGUUGCCCGGGUGCAUG